AUGUCCGACGCCCCCGCACCCGAGCGCAGGCUCACCAAGAAGGAGAAGAAGGCCCAGGCGUUCCGCGCCCAAAAGGCCAGCAAGAAGGCCAAGGCCGCCGCCCCGUCGUUCGACGACGAGGUGCAGGCCAUCGACGACGGCGAGCAGCUCUCGCUCGACCAGCUCGAGCGCCAACCACCUGUGGCCGCCGCCGCCGCCGCCAACAAGUCCAAGAAGCGCGCGCGCGACGACGACGGCGAGGGCGGCGAGGACAAGGGCGAGGGCGAGGGCGAGGUGGGUGCGGCAGCAGAGGGCGACGAGCCCAAGAAGAAGAAGCGGCAGCGGGGCAAGACGCAGGCGCAGCGGGACCGCGAGGCGCGAGAGGCGGCCAAGGGCGCAGGUGGGGCAGACGGCGCACACCGCUUGCUCCUCUUUGUCGGCAACAUGCCGUACAAGGUCACGGUCGACGAGAUCAAGGAGCACUUCAAGCCUUGCGGCGAGGUCCCCGCCGUCCGCCUCCUCACGCCCAAAACCGCCCCCUCGCCUUCCUCGUCCUCCUCCGCCACCACCACCCCCGUCGCGCCCGCCUCGAAAGGCUGCGCCUUCCUCGAUUUCACCUCGGCAACAGCGCUCCAAUCCGCCCUGCGCCUGCACCACUCGACGCUCUCGCACCGCAAGAUCAACGUCGAGCUGACGGCGGGCGGCGGCGGCAACUCGGCCGCGCGCAAGCUCAAGAUUGACGAGCAGCGCAAAAAGUUGACGGCCGAGCGCGAAAAGGCGACCAAGAACAAGCGCCUGCGCGAGGGCGAGAGCGAGAAUGGCGACAAGACGGGCAGGUGGAAGCUUGCGGCCGAGAAGAAGGCGGCGGCGGCAGAGGAGGAGGGGGCCGGUGCGGCGGCGGCGGCGGCGGUGGUGGGCGAGGGUGGGGCGCCCGCACCAGAUGCGGCGGCGGGCGACAAGCCCAAGAAGAAGGUGCGCGACCGUCGGCAGCAGAAGGACGGCGGCGGCGCGGGCGCGGCCAAGCAGGAGGCGCAGCGCCAGCAGCAGCAGCAGAAGCUCGUCGCGCGCGCCGUCAAGGCUUCGACGGGCGCCAACGCGAUCAAGAUUGCGAGUGGGUGGGGCGACAAGGGCAAGGCGUAGCUGGCGGUGCAUCGUGCUCUUCCUUUC